CUUUCAAAUGCCUCUUGCACCUUUCUAUCUACCUCUUCUCCUAUUCUUCUCCUUAUGCUUUGGUUUCUGUGUUAUCUCUUGUAACUGUGUUACCUCUUGUUACCUUUUUUCUUUACCUUUCAGUUGAAAGGAGGAGACGAUUUAACAUCAAUGAUCGGAUUAAAGAACUAGGGACUUUGAUUCCAAAAACAAAUGAUCUGUAAGUAUCUCUUUGAAACCAUGUUCGCAGCAUGACACAUAGAUGUGUUUUGGCCCAGACUGGCUUUGCGGCAGAACCACAAAUAUUUGGUGGGCCCUGGGGGUUUUUAUAUUCUCUGUUUCCUAUUACACUGUAUUCUUUUCACUACAACCACUCUGUACACAUUGGUUGAAGAAACCUCUGGAAACUUGUUUUUGUGAUGUUUUCAUGUGCUUGUGGGUCAUAAGUGCAGAUUUUAAAAUAAAAGAAGAAUAGGGAGCUUUGUGGUCAAUUCAGGGCUUGAAUCAGUUUGUGAUGGAUUUACUUCCUCUCUACAGCAGUGACACUCGCUGGAACAAAGGCACCAUCCUGAGGGCAUCCGUAGACUACAUCAAACAUAUGCAGAAGGAGCAGCAGAGGAGCCGGGACCUGGAGACGCACUCCAAACAGCUGGAACUUACUAACAAGCAAUUAUGGCUGCGAAUCCAGGUAAAAGUUUGACUUCAAAUCAUUUAAAGCUAUCAAUUCCCAAAAUACGGUCUACACUAGGCAUAUCAAACUCUGCCACCCUCCUCCAGAUGUUGAACUACAAUUCCCACGACUAUCUGGCAAACCACUGUAUAAAAAGAAUUCUGGGAGUUGAAGACCAUAAAUAUCUGGGGGCCCAGAGUUUAAGAUCAGUGUUGCGUCCUAUGCAAUGGUAUUUGCAGUCUGUCACAUGGAAAUGUAUACAGCUGAACUUUAAUUCAAAAAAAUAUUGGUAUAUGUAACAAAAAAUGAUAAUUUGGCUCUAAUCUUCACAACCCUUAUACAUUCCAGACACAUUUUCUCUCUUUUCAUCUGUUGCAGGAACUGGAGUUACAAGCCCGGGCACAUGGCAUUUCAGCAUCUUCUCCUCAUGGACUAAGUCCAGCUGAUCCCUUCAAACAAGAACCUGACCCAAUGCCAGUUGUCCAGCAGCCAACAGUUACACCACAGGCAUCUUACCAGCCUCAGCUGGACUUCUCCACAGAGCUUGCUUACCAGAGCAGUGCCUGUGCAGAAACUUCCUUCCCUGAUAUAUCCAGGACGGAAUUGGACCUCAUGCUGAUGGAUGAUGCCAUGAUGACAUCUGAUCCCAUGAUGGCUUGUGAUCCUCUAAUCUCCACCCUUUCCCCAGACACUUCUAAAGCCAGCAGCCGGAGAAGCAGCUUUAGCAUAGAUGAAGUGGAUGGACUGUGACACCAUAUGUUUGAAGGACCUUCAUGCCUGUUCUCUUGAGGAGACAUGGGCUGUGACCCUGCCUUAUUUAUAAGACAGUUUGGACACUUAUACACCAUUAUCCAUAUACAUGGAUGCAUAUGCACUGGACAAUACACUUGGGUAUAUUCAGAAUAUCUUGUAUCUACAGGUAAACAUCUACAGGUAUACAUAAAUGUAUAAUACCCAGAGUUACAUACACAAGAUUGAAAAAGAACAUAUACAGAUCUGUAUUUUGACAAUGACCUACAAUUGCAUAAAAUAGGUCUACAGCCAGCAUUUAAAAAAAAAGUUGAUCCUCCUUACACACACCUAACUUGGUGUAGGAGUGACACUUGCACACAGGCACAUCAUACAGCUUGCUCACUGCCUCAACUCUUCUGGAACACAGAUCUCAAGGAAGACUUGCCAAAAAUCUAAAGUGCCUUCUAGAGCAGAACUCAAAUAUUUGUGAAUGUUUGUGUAAGUGGGUGCAUGGCAAGGAAUGAAUGUAAUUAGUGGAAGCAUGCAACCUCUUAUAUUGUGUGAAUGAUGUUUACUAUGAAGGUGGAUAUAUCUGUUUUGGUUACAGCAUCUGUAUAGUGAUUUGGAUGCUACCAUAGCUCGCUAGACCCAAUUGGUCUAUAUGCAUAGUAAAGCAAUUUUACUGGUAAACAGCUUUUUUUAUUCUGUUUUGCUGAGUGAAAGGUGUUUGAAGUAAUCUGUUUUUAAAUAUAUAUUUUUUUUAAUCUAGCCAUAUAUUGCCUAGUCUGAAAAUAUGGUUCAGAUUUUAUUUAGGGCUGCACUUGUCCUUUGAUAAGUUAUGUCAAAGUCUAAGAAUCAUUGAAAUCAGGUCUGCUCAUAAAGUUCCUGCAUUUAUAAGUGUAGGGAUGCCAAAUCGUGAUUUGAUUUGGGGACACCUAUGAUAAAUGCAUACUUCAGGUCUGUGAAAGUUAAAAUAUAGCUCUUGCCUUUUUAUUUUUAUAGGUAUCCCAAAAUAAUCUGCUAAUGUAGUCACCUUGAAAACUCCUGAACGUGUGGUUGGGGAAAAAACUCAUGGUCUAAUGAUACUUAGUCACAGACCCCAAAGACUCAGUAUUGUGUCCCUGUGUGUCUUAUUCUACCUUUGUUUAACUGUUUCAGCCAUGUGUGUCUUAAAAAUAUUAAUACUAGCUUUUUUUCCAUAUGUGGGGUGUUUGUAUGCAAAUAUAUACAAAUAACCUGUCACUUUGAAUGGUGUUUGAUUGACAAACUAUGCAGUCACUAUAAUCUGCAUAUGCAUUUAAUAUAAAUUGAUCUAAUUCUGUACAGACAUACACAAUAGUUUAUGUAGAUAUGUACUUAAAAUAUAUGUUGCGAAACGCACAUAUUCUUCUCCUGAAUGGCUUCAUAUGCCUUUCAACACAGACCUGUAAUUAAUAUUUAAUGCAGGCUUUUUUCACUCAAUCCCAAAUUGUAGUGUGUUGGACAACUGUAGUGCAAAAUUUACCCCAAAAAUGUUCAACUCCUGUAUAGUCACAGCUUCAUUAUUUUAGCCUAAAUUCUGCAGCUCAGUUUUCGAUUCACUACAAUUCGCCGUUUAUUGAAUUGGGGUUAUUCACUUAAGUGUGAAUUGCUGGAAAUACUAAAUUAAUUCAAAGUUAGGCCAUAUGUUUCUUUACUAGAAGACAGUGCAGUAUGAUAAGGAAACAGCCAUACCCCAAUGACUCUUAUAAUAUAGUAAAGUUAUUUUCAAUUUGUUUUGUGUUACAAUUGUUUUGCUAUUUUGCAGUGGAGAUUUCAAAUAUAAUAAUUUUUUAUACCAAAGAAUUUUUCUUAAAGCAGAUCUGCUAAUAUUUGAUGUACUGGCCCCCGCCUCCAUAUUGCCCUCAAACUCUGUGCUUUAAAAAGCUUUCAGUCACUUCAUAUUUCUAGGACACAUUAACCGUAUAUGUUACUGUUCGGAGUUUCAUCACUACACUGGAAAUUAUGAAAUAUUGACACUGGAAUUGUACAUUUUAGGCAAUAAUAGUUGAGAUGGAAAAUUGGUGAAUUAUUCCAGGUUAGCUAUUUUGCACCAAAAUUAUUUUCAAUUUCCUUAUCCGUUCUCCAUAAUUUUCAACCUCCCUCUGAUACCUCAAUCUUGCUUUUAGAAUUCGGAGAAAUCACAUAUAUUUCUGUGUGGAUGUCUUAAAGGUUCGCGGGUGUAUAUUUUGAUCUUGUAGGAUGUAUGUAUGUCUGGGUAUCCCCAAUUAAAAUCGAUUAAUCAACCUACAUAACUCAAAUUAAAGGAACAUUUUUGUACAUUGUGUUGCUUUUGGACUAAAUAAUUGGCUGGAUUUUUUGCCAUGAUAAAUUUUUGUAUUGUUUUAGCAAAAACAAUAUUUUGCAAUAAUAUGCAUAUAAAAAAAAAACAUUCGAGUGUUAAACAUAAAUUUAUAUAUAAUGCUGGAGUGUUGUACUACUGAUUUAGAGUGAGUCUCCAGUUUUCCCUGAAAUAAAGCAAUUGCCUGCAAUCCAGCACAUGACAACACUGCUUUGCUCACCAGGGGGUCUUUACAUGUUAUAAACUCCUGACCACUAGAAUGCUUCUCAAAGAGUGCACGUGGAAUCUGUGCUUCCCUAGGAGAGGCACUUCCUUCCGCUUUGUGAUAGGGCACAGUGCAAUCUGGAAGAGCAUUAUCAUGGCUGUCUGAUUGAAAGUUGGGAAGGUGCAAUCCAGACGCUUUAUAAAAAUGAUAAUUUCUCUUACCAUUUACUCUUUUAUAAAGUGACAAAGAGAAGAUAUGUUUUUCACACUUAAAGCACUUCAACAAGGAUGUGGCAUGUUCAUUUAAUCUCGCCUCCUCUGUCUGACCUACUUAAUUAUGAAAUAAAUCUUUCUUGCUGGUUACAGUAUUGAGGUGUAUGAUAUCCCAGCUCCCUUUCCUCCUAAUCUUCCAUUUUCUGGUAGUUGUAGCUCACAACCCUUCACUUCCCAUAAAUCUCUGCUGUGCAGGUAUUUGUGGGAUAAAUUCAGCACAUUGAAAAGACCCAUCCUGAUUGAUUGAUCGCUUCCUUUUUUGAGCAGUGCUAAUUGCAUAAAAUGCAAAGCCUGUGAAUUUAUUGUAAAAGCCGCUACUUCAAAUGUUUUUUUUUUUUGUUGUUUGUUUGUUUUGGUAUGUCUUUUAUUAUUUGAAUUGGUUGUAUUGCAUUACAAGUGAGUCAAUUCUAGCCAUGAGUGCCAUUUUAACUGUCUCUUUAAGCAGACGUAUCCAGAACUGUGUGUACAACCUUUGAAUUCAGGAGUUUUAGCAUCCCAAAUUUAGAUUUUUUUUUUUUUUUGGUAUGUGUGUGUUUAUAUCACCCAACACCUCUGAAUAUGCUACAUUAGAAAUGAGCCCUAUCUCAUUACAAGGUGACCUGCUACAUCUGCUCAGUAUCACUCAUAACCCCUCUGCUCAUUUUACUUGUUAAAAAGAAACAGAUUGAAGACGCUCAGUGCAUUGAUCUUGUGUGGUGUCCAAACAUAACUGAACUGAAAGUAACCGCGAAAGGGGUUUGCCGUCUGUUACACAUUUCAUUGCACUAAAUCACAGGUCCUGCAGACAGUGAAGAUCUUCCUUUCACAUAACCUAGAAUGUCAUUUCUCCAACAACCAAAGAAAAGCUCAUUCAUUUCCUGUGGUGUUAACUGAACUCUCAUUUAUGACAUAUGGUCAGAAGAACUGGCCACUGCCAAAAAUGGUUGCAAAUGACUGUGAUAUACACUUUCUCACCGGAGGUCUCUGAACUUUUGUCCAUUUAAAUUCUGGUCCAUCCCAGACAACAAGCAUAAAGUUUAAACUUGAAAUGCUACUGGUGAAGACUGUAAAUGAUUAACCACAAAUAACUAUAAUACAUGUGUUGCCAACACACAACACUGGGCAUUUAUAGAUAGGGCAGAUUAUGACUGUGCGAAUGCUCAGAAUCCUGUAUGCCUUAUUUAUUGCCUUUUUAUACCUGAGCAUUUUGACUUCUUCCCGGGGAAAGUAUGAAUUAAGGACAAUCAGAUGCUCAGUAGCCUUCUGCACUAGCAAACGCAACACACUGCUUUCUGUUGCCGAUAUCUAGACAUGUAAGGGACAGAAUGCCAAAUUAAAACCUUUGUGGCAGCCUGUUUUUUUAUUUUAUUUCAUAAAAUACGUGUUCUUUAUACACUGGAGAGUUGUGAAUUCUUAAUGUUAAUUAAAUGUGGCUAACUAUAAUCAAUGAGCCUUUGCUUUUGGCUAUGCACCAUACAGUUCAAUAAUGUAUCAUAUUCCUCUGAAGUUUCCUUUUUGUCCUAAAUGAUCACCCAUUUCACAGAUAAUUAUGAUUUUAUGUAGAAUCAUUUGCUAGCACUUGGGCUGUUAAAUUAUUGCUCUUUUUUUUUUUUUAACAAUACAUUAAUUCAGCCUCAGGGAAUUUAAAAGGCCUGUAAAAAUCUAAUGGUAAACUAACUCCUGAGUGCCUUGUGUAUAUAACCUAUUUUAAGAUGUUUGCUGUUUGCGACAGAAUAUUGUCCUUUAUGCGUGUAAGACUGCAUGCACUGCUUCUUUGUCAAAUGUUUUGAUGAAAUCACUCAUUGUCUAAGUAAUAUUUAAAAUAAACCUGGGCCUACGAUUAUAUACAUACACACACACACUAUUACAGGAAUAUGGAUGGGCUAUUUAUAAAACAGCCCAACUGACUAUCGUCUUGUUCACUUACAACAGCCAACACAAGAGGGCGCCACAAGUACUAGAAAUGGCAAAGAUCACAACUGCUUAUUUAAAAACUCAUUUAAAUAUUCAGGUAUUUGGUGUGUAGCUUUAAUACCAUUUGUAAUGGCUCUGUGUAGAAUUUACUGAGAUAACUUUAUAAAUAUUUACUUGGUUUAUAUAACAUGUAAGAUAGAAUUGUUCACUGGGAGAGAAAUACGAAGUGGCAACUGUGUUAUGGUUUACUUCUCUCCACUGUUGCCCAGUAAUUAUGGCAAAGAAUAAAUAGCCAUAGUAGAAUGCCAACCACUAAAAGUACUCAGUAACAUAUUAGAAUGGCAUGAACACUUUGUUUUAUGUCUCUUCUCCUUUUACACUUUACAUAGGUGUUCAUUUUUACUGCAGCUUUUAUAAAAACAGGGACAGAACAAACCAUAGGCUUUAAUUCUCUUUGCUUUCUAGAGAAAAAUACUUUGAUUUUAGAACCAGCUUUAAAAUUUAUUUAUUUUUUCUCUCCUGUUAAUGUUUGAGCAAUUCAACAAAGUAAUGCAAAUAUGCAAGGAAUUGUAUAACUUAUCACUAGCCAAUUGUGUUCUAUUAUUGUGUUUGAUAUUUUCACAUUUCUAAUGUGUCCUUGAGUUAGGAAGUAGAUGUCUGGAAGGCUUUUUGAAAUAACAACCCCGUUUUUCUUUUGUAAAUACAACAUUUUGAUAUAUUUGGAGGGAUUUUCCACUGCAAUUUUAUUUUUCUAUUUCUGAUGCACAGGUGUAUCACAAUAAUGUUCUAGUCUGUGUAGAAUUUUAGAAGGUUUUUAAAGGUCAGUAAAGUAGUUGUUUUAAUGCGUUAUUUGUAGAUUUGAAUCAUGUAAUUUUCUAAAAAAAAAAAAAAAUAGCACUAAACUACAAACUGCUAACAGAUGGAAAUUUUACAUUUUAUUUGCUAAAAUAUUCAUGAAUUACACUGUUGGAUGUUCUUACAGCCCAUCAUGAACACAUAUCACCAUCAGAUGUGACCAGUUAAGGUCAUUGCACUAAAUGCAAAUUCGUGUGACCAGAGUCAGAGGAAGGAAGUGCUGUAGCAACCAUUUUGUAACAGAGAGGUGUCUUGGAGGAUAGAGUUGUUAAUUGAUCAAAAGUAACCUAAUUUACUAUAUAUAUAUUUUUUUUUAAAC